AUGGAAAAGGGCGGAAAGAGAAAAAUGAAGGUCGACGGCGUCGGCAAAGAUGAUCACGAAGGCAACGAAAAAAAGAAAAAAGUAAAAGUGGAAGCGAAACCCACAAACGAUAAGAUCCACAGCUGUCUGAAUAUUCAUAACAAUGUACUGAUAAAAAUGGUUAACGAGAACAAGCGAAAAUUUGAAAAAGUGGACAAUGUGGAGACUAUGUACAGAAAGAUAAAGGCAAGCAUUACUUCGCUCAACGUGUCAAGUGUGCUAAUGGAACACUACGAUUCGUUUAUUUACUACGAAAAGAACAAAAUCGACUUCCUCCUUCCCGAGUUGGACGGCAUAGUCAAUUCGUCCAACAUAGAUGUGCUCAAGGGCCUAAGCGAGUUAUCCUUUUACCCGAUUUAUCACGAAACGUUGAGAAAAAGAGUAAUCGAAUGGCUAGCCAAAGACCGUGGGAAAAAACAAACCAACAAGGAAGAUACAGAGGAUAUGAGCAUGUCUUACUGGUUUAGCCUGAACCUCCUCCUGACAUAUCUGAUUUACAAAAAUGACGAGUACUCCAGUUAUGCCUCCCUGGUUCACCUGAAUUUGUUGCAGUGGAUGCAGCGUGACAAAAGAAGAUUGCACUUCCGCCUGUUUACGCUGAAAGGAAUCCUCAAGCGGUUCCUGACUUGCUCCUUCUACUUCAACGACAAAGAAAUGACGAAACUGAAGAAGGUGGACAGCGAGGACGCGAAAAAUGAAAACGAAUGGACUGUCCUAAAAAAUAUAUUCAUGGCUCUACACGAAAGCAUAGAAUACCUAGAUGUAAGUAACUUGGUUAACAUAAACGACAAAAAUUGUAUCUUCGAGUUGAUCAAAUUUUUUCUCGAGUUGGUAAAAAAACCACUAAUUCAUUCUAUCCAUAUAUUAUGCAUUAACUACCUGAUAAAAAUAGUGAGAAGAUGUUACGACUUGAGAUUGUCUUACAACAUUAACGUGGAGCUGUAUGACAUCGGCCCGGAGGUUAACAUCUUUGUCAAAAUAGUGAACCUAAUUUUUGCAAAGAUAUUGAUACUCUUGAAGGAGACAAGGAUAGAAGAGAGUACUCAUUGUGUGGAUCAGAUUAACAACAUGAACAGCUUAAUUAUUUUGUUUUUCACGAAUGUUGUAAAUAAUUGCAUUCGGGUCAUUGUUCCCCAAGUUCUUUUUAACGAAAAGCUGAAACGGGACUACUUAUCUGCCAGGGAAGGCACUUCAGCUGUGGAGAGCCAAGUGUGCUUCGAGGAUCAGUAUCAAAUCAGGAGCAUAAUUCUGGAUCUAUUUUUAGACUUGAUGAAGAAAAAAAAAACGAACAAAAAUGAGUCCAUUUUCUUGAAAUUAUUUAAAUUAUUUCUAGAGAGGUUAGAAGAUCCAAACACAGUUGUCAAGGCAAAGGCACUAUCCAUUUUAGGAAUAUUAACGAACAGAAAAUAUCAUGACAAUAAUUCACUUGUCUACAAAUUUAUAUUUAACAAAACGAAGGAGAAAAUUAACAUGUACAAAAUAAUUUCAGGAAAUAUUUUUAGUCAUAAAACUAACAUCCGAAAAUUGACGGUGCAAUAUAUAGAAGCCAUUUUUGAAACCCUAAUAGGGAAAAAACUAAGCUAUAAAUUAUUUUUAAUUUUUAUUUCCAACUAUAUGUACUGUUUAUCUCUAGAUGCCAUGUCAUCUGUGAGACGACAAGUUCUCCUGACUGUUAAUAAUUUUUUUAUCAAUGCAAGCGAAGAUGUCUAUGUAGCGAAAAUGUGGCUAUCCGUCAUUUUGGCAGCCAUAACGGAUAUAGAAGAGACCAUCAAGGAUGAAGCCAUUUCCCUUUUUUUAAAUACAUUUAUAAAAUCUGCUUUUCAGUGCCCCAUUUUGAAGGCAACCGAGAAAAGAAUAAAAGAAACCUACUUCGGUGAAGAAGUAACGAACUACUUUCUAACCCUAUUGAAGACGAUGACCAAGUACGAUCUGCAGAACAUCAACCUGAUCAUUUUUUGCCUCAAGCGGAAGAAGAAUAACAACCUCGAAGAAUUCAUUAGCCUGUUGAACUCCUUUAUGUACAACCUGCGCUACUUUUCCAUUAACAUGUGGAAUAUUUUCCUGCUCGAUUUUGUCAUAGAGUUGUCGAAGGAGUACCGGCACAGCGUGGACAUCGAGAAUGUUCUCUUCCUCCUGAGCAGGUGCUACAGGGUGUAUCUGCUGAGCGCCCCUGGGGGGGGGCCCAUCCACAUGGACAGCGUUCAUGGCGGUGAUGCUGGUGAUGGCGUUCAUAGGGGUGAUGGCGCUGAUGGCGUUCAUGGCAACGAAGCGGACGGGGCGAACGCGGGCGGGGGCCGCCCAACCGAGGAGCCCACCGACCACAUCCUCACGAGGGAGGACUUACUGGACGAGGUGAACUCGUGCAGCAAAGGGGUCCUAAAAAACAUCAUGCUGAAGCUUUUUACCAUCGUUUAUAACUUACUAGACACGAUAGAAGAGCUGAAUGAAGAUUUUAUGAAAAAUUUGGAGUAUGCCAUUUUUCACUUCAAUUGUCCUCUGUGUCUAAUCUACAUCAUAUUGAACAUCCUGAUUAAGAAGAAAAAAAUAACGUGAAUGGUCUUCUGCAACAUUUUAAUUACGUUCAUAUUUCUCAUGAAGCACUUUAAGAAGAAGGGGGAGAUGAUGCCGUUUUUGACCACAGCUAGCCAGAAACUAAAAAAAAUCUACGAACAGGUAGUAACCAACGGGGCAAAUGACAACAACAGUAUCAUGGUAAGAAACUGCAUCUACCUAACACAAAGCGUUUUAUUAAUCGACAAGGGGGUAAAUCUCAGAAACGAUUUAUUUUUAAGCAUCGAAAGGGAUUUAAAAAAUGGAAACACCUCCAUGAACAUCCUCAACAAUUUAAUCAUCCUGACUUACUACAUGAUCAUAAAUUUCGGAAGCUCAUGUAACAAAUUUGUGUACAUUUUGCUUCGCUUCUUCAAGCAUGAAAAUAGCUUUAUUCGUUAUUUGUCCUUUUAUAUGAUAUCCAAAUUAAUAUCUGAGGAUUACAUCAAGUUUAGUAACCAUUUUUUCUUCGCCUUUUUGUACCUCCUGGCGGAUAAGAACGAAACGAUACAGAAGCAGUCCUUGUCCGUUUUUAAACACAUUCUCUUAAUAUACAACAAGGCGAACCUAAUCAACUACAUCAUU